AUGGACUCCAUUCCGGAGUUCGACGAAGAGAUUGAGAUGAUCGGGAGCGAGGAGGAGCGACGGGUGGCCGUGGCGAUGGGCGGCGGGGGGGGAGGUGCUGCGGGGAUGGGCGGCGGGGGGAAAGGUCCUGGGGGGGUGGGAGGGGGAGCUGGCGCUGUGGGGAUGGGGGCCGGAGGGGGCGCUGUGGGGAUGGGCGCGGAUGGGCUGGGGAAGGGGAAGGGGAAGAUGAGUCCGAGUGAUGAGGAGGCGGCAUAUAGGGCAACGUAUGGCUCGCACUUUGAUGCGGAAUAUGAUGCUUCUGAUAGUGGCUCGAGUGCCAACGGCUCAGAUGCUUCUGGAGAUGCAGCCGUGGCUGGUUGGGGGAAUGAUCGACUGCAGCAGCAGCAGCAGCAGCAGCUGCAGAGGACGGUGUGGGAGCUUCGCUCAGGCGUUGCUCCUGCUGCUGCGGCUGCUGCUGCUGCUACUGCUGCCGCUGCUGCUGCGACGGCCACUGCUGCUGCGAAUGGUACUGUUCGUGGUGGUGGGAGCUCCAGGAAUCAUCGCACCAAGUCUGAUUCAGCUGCUCGUGGCAAUGCCACCACUCGUGGUGGUUCUGCUGCUGCUGCUGCUGCUGCUGCUGCUGCUGCUAGCCCCCACCUCACUGCUGCAACCGCUCCCAACGCUGCUAUCUCUCCUGCUGCUCCUCCAUCCGCCCCAGCAUCGUCUCUCCCUUCCCCCCCUCUUCCCUCCUCACCUCCUCUCGCCCCCAACGUCUCCCCCGCCUCCCCCACUCUCUGGUACACCCCGCUCUCUCCCAUUCUCCCCGGUCCCCCCAAUGGAACCCCCCAGCACCGCUCUAAACCCCGCAGCACCCCGUCCUCCUCCCCUUCCGACUCCACCUUCAGCACCCUCACCACGGGUAGCAAACCCAACUCCUCCCCUGUUCCCUCUUCGUCCCCCGCCUCCUCCUCCGCCUCCCCUCCGCCUGCUUCUAUAGCCUCUUCCGCCCCUGGGGGCGGCCUCUGCCCGGGGAUAGACGGCGGGAUAUGCAACUUGCGCAUGUCGUCCCGCACGCAUUUCCGCCUCAUGCGUUGCAUCUCGCUUGGCACCGUGCUGGCCGGCCUCGGAUACCUCUCCUGGAAAUGCUUCAUAGUGGGGCGGAACAUCACCCACGCUGGACCGGCCUGCCUGCUCUUCCUCUCCACCGAAAUCCUCGUCUUCCUCUCUUCCUUCAUGCUAGUCGUUGAGUUGUCCAAGCCGGCGAAAGAGAGGAAGGCGCUGAGUCUACCCCCCUCGGGGCCGUUUCCCCGGGUUGCGAUUCUCAUCUGCUGUUGUAGUGAGAAGAUAGAUGUGAUUCAGGACACGGUUAAAGGGGCUAUGAAUCAGAAUUACCCCGGCGAGAGGUACUCGGUGUGGGUGCUGGACGAUGGGGGGGAUGACGAGCUUAAAGCCUGGCUGCAGCGGCAGCAGCAGCUGAUGGUGCUGCAGCAGCAGCAGGGUCGGCGGCUGUUCUACCUCCGUCGCCCCAAGAAGAAAGGCGUGCCUCACCACUUCAAAGCAGGGAACAUCAACUACGGUCUUCACUUCGCGUGCGGGGAGUUUGUCGCAGUGUUGGAUGCGGAUAUGAUUCCGUCGCCCUUCUUCUUGUCGGCGCUGCUGCCGCAUAUUGUCGGGGAGGAGAAGGGCGACGUGGCAUUCGUGCAGUGCCCGCAGUCGUUUUACAAUAUUGUGAAGGGAGACCCUCUGAACGACUCUUCGCAAGACUUUUACGAUGUUCUGCUGCCCUACAGAGAUGGCCGGGACAGUGCCCAGUGCGUGGGAACGGGAGUCAUUUUUCGCGCUGCCCAUCUGCAAGCGAUCGGAGGGUUCACAGUGGGGUCUAUCACAGAGGAUUUCGACACUGCCAUGACGCUGCAUGCCAAGGGGUACAAGACGGCCUAUGUCAACCAGCGCCUGCAAGCAGGUCUGGCGCCCUGGAGCUUGGAGGGGUACAUCAAGCAGCACCAGCGGUGGGCCACAGGCAGCCUGCAGAUCCUGUUACACCGUAACCCGCUUCUGCUCCGCGCACCCAAGUUCAGCCUCUACCGCCGCAUCUCCUACUGGUAUGCUGGCGUACAGUACUAUCUCAACGUGAUCGUCAUCAUGAUCCUCGUCCUACCUGUCCUCAUCCUGGCCCUCGAUCUCCGCAUCAUGCCGCCCGGCCCCAUCUUCGAAACCACCCGCCUCUACAUCAUCCUCCUGGUCCCCUACGUCUUCACCUCACGCCUCCUCUGCCUCGGCCUCUUCUCCCGCCUCCCCAACGGCAUGAUGGUUCAGCUGCGGGGGGAGCAGGUCUGCAUGCUCGUGCCAAUAAUCCAUGUCAUCAUGUCUCCAACACAUCCUAAGGUGGAGGAUCGAAAGAAGUAUCUCAAUUAUGAUGAGUAUGGGGUGCCAUAUCUGAGGCCCGAGCAGCUGUUGCCAAAGCGUGAUUACUGCGUGUUGCUUUUCAACAUCAUCCCUGCCAUCUGGGCGUUGACCAUAGGGUUCUACUUCUAUGCGGCGAUCACCAAUUUCAGACCUGGCUUCUGCACCAAGAGCGGGUUCUUUGGGUAUCCCAGCGGGCAGUGGCUUUCGCGAAACAAGGCUCCCUACGGCGCCGAUUGUCCUUUCCUCAAGAAUGUGGGUCCAGUGAAUUGCAUCAUCAAGCCCAGGAAUCGCCCCAAGAACUGGCUGAACUACCGCUACAGACCCAAGAAGUGCGGGCAGCCAUGGUUCUCCUUCGCUCCUCUGGCCUUCCUGCAACGAAUGAGAAACACGGUGUUUGCUUCAGUGGGCGACUCUCUCUCUGUCAGCAAUCUCAUGCCGUCUCUACUUUGUCAGCUACACCAAGUAUCUCCUGUGACCGAGGUUCCUAACGACGGCACAUAUGCAAAGCAAGGCCCACUCACUAAAGUGUACCAAGUCAAAGCGUACAACGUUACCUUGGUCAACACAUGGAGCACGUUUCUCAACGAGUACUGGCAAGACGAACAGACGGUUCGACAAUACAUUGGAGUCGUUGCCUUAACAGAUGAGGAUUCAGUGGUGAAUCUAGAUGGGCUCGAUGCGCAGUGGGCGGCUUAUAUCGAGCGGUACGACGUGCUUAUAUUGCAGACGCAGGCGCACUGGCAGGCCACCAAGUACAAGUGGCGGCGGUUCUGGGUGAACAGUACCGGGGAUCAAAUCUUCAACGAGUCUAGGUUCCUUGCUGCUUUUGAGUAA